AGACGAGGGCAAGUUAGCAUUGGAAUGCCAGAAAGCAAGGGUUAGAAACGAACGCUAAUUGAAUUAGCAUUAGACGGACGGAUCUUCUCCAGUACCGAGCUGUCUGCGAACGCCAACAACGUGCUGCACAUCAAACUGGUAAAAAUGCUGCACUGCAACGGACGUUGAUUGCUACUAUCGCAAUAGCCAGAACGUCGCACCUGCAUCAAUGAGCCAUCUACAGUAUCAGCAGGAGCCUCAGCAGCAGCCACCGGAGCGGAGCGGUCACAGUCACCAGGGCAUUAUGGAUUUACGCAAUCUGUGCCAGCGUCUGGAUGUCGAGAAUCUGAAAGCCAAGUUGACAUCGCUGCCGCAGCUGAAGCUGCCAAAGUCUCUGCCCAAGCUGCGCGCUGCACGUCGAAUCUUUCGCGGCUCGCGCGGCAAUGGCAGCGGCAAGGAGGCGCCAGCUGCGACAGCUGCUGAGCUGCAAUCGGAGGUGUCGGGCAUGGGCAUGGCGCAGGCACAGUUCAUCAAUCGGACGCCGCAGCGCAUAUCGACAAUUAGCUCGCUGAUGCACGAGCACGAGCAUGACCAGGUGGCGCCGCAGAAUCUGCAGCCGAGUGCGGGCGGCACCUACCGCAGCGCCGGCAGCCUGGACGACGACUACUACGCACCAUAUGGCGCAGCAGCACGCGUGUCACGCCCGAUUAGUCCCGUUAAAGUGCCGCCAACGAUGGCCCCGGGCGACGCGUCGAUGCCGACGCCGACGCCGACGCUGCGUAACAGCGGCAGCAGCAGCCUAACGCAGCGCCUGCAGCGCGGCUACAAGAGCCUUAGCGAGCUGCGGCUGAAGCACCUGUUCGCCAAGCAGACAGUCGUCCGGCGCGACGGCAUCGAGGUCGAUCGCUACGUGGAGCAGUACGAGGCGGAGCGACGCGUCGAGCAGAUGGCGCAGGCACGCCGCGAUCGCCAAAUAGCCGACAACUACGACAUACACAUCAGCACGCUGCCCAUUACCCGGGAGAAUACGCUGAAGGCGCAGCAGCAGCAACAGCAGCAGCAUCGACGCAGCGUCGCCGAGCACAGCGGCGACGAGAGCGGCAUGGAGGAGGCUAUACCACAGCAGCAGCAGGUGCCGCCGGUGCCGCGCAAGAAGACGGGCAUAGCCGCCACCCGGUUCGCUCGAGUGCGCCAGCCGCCGCUGCCGAUGCCCUUGGAGGAUCAGUCGGAGGAGCAGCAGCCGCAGAAGCCAAGGGAGCCGCAGGCCGUGCGCCAGGCAGUUCGUCAGAAUUUGAAGCGUCUGCGCAAGUCCAUCAAGCGCGUGCAGCAGCCGGCCGCCAGGCCAGCCGCUGAUGACUCCGACUCCGACGAGGAGCAGCAGCAGCAGCAGCAGCGCAAGUCCAAGACUCGCUCAAGCACUGGCGACACGUUGCGCGCGCGCCUGCGCCGCUUUGCCUCCAGCGAGCAGCUGCAGCAGCGCUGGCGCCGCAGCUUCAAGAGCAACAGCGACAGCCAGGAGCAGGCGGCACAGCAGCCUAGUGGCGCUGCAAGUGGCGCCGCCUUUGGCUUCGUCGGCAUGGGCGCCCACCUGGAGCGCACGAUGACCAAGCUGAACGAGAAGAUGCAGCAGCUCAAGUUUUUUCAGCGCUCCGGCGCUGACCGAGCUGAGGCGGGCAACAAGCCGAAUACCGUUGGCCGCGAGCCCGUCGAGAUCGACGACGAGGAGCUGGAAGCCACCUAUCACCACAGCGAUAGCAGCGACAGCGAGGACAGCGGCCAGAAUGUGUGUGCGGAUGAGGCAUACGGCCAGAUGGAAGUGGAGCCACAGCCAGACGCAUCGCCGACCGUCCUGGCCAAGCGCCAGACGCUGACCUCGCUGCAGGCGAGCGCAUCGACUGCCUGGAGCAGCGAAUCACUCGAGGACGACGCGACUGUGGAACAGCAGCUGGCCGCCGCUGCCUCCGACUAUCCGCGCGUGCUCAUCCACCAGCAGCACACGGAUGCCUACGAGUCCACGUUGAUUCUGGCGGUGGCCGCCACGCCCCCGCCAGUGCCGUCGCCCGUGGCCCUGGAGAAACAUCAAUGGGUGUCCAACCAGCAGAUCAUAGCCGACUUCAAGGCGCAGCAGAUGAGCAGCCCCAGCGCUUGGCCAGCGCCCGCGUUGUACAAGCCCAAGAGCAUAGACAUCUUUGAGGGCGAUGGCGGCGCCGCUGCCGCCUUCGCGGACUUCGACGAGGCGCUGCGCAACGCCCCAAUGCUGCGCAUCAGCGCCGGCAGCAGCUGCGACAGCGGCGAGGAUGCGGACGACAGCAGCUCGCGCGUGACCAGGAUACGACUGCAGACGCCGCAGAUUGGCAACAGCUGCGAGAGUCUGAUGGAACAGCAGCCGCUGGAGGAUGACGACGAAGUGCCAAAUAAAAUUGAAGCCAUGGAUCUGGAUGCAGAUGCAGAUGCAAAUGUGAAUGUGGAUGCGAAUGCGAAUGCGAAUGUUGACCAGGAUGUUGAUCUUGCACGCCUGGCGGAACGUCCGCCAUCCGAGUCGCCGCCACCGCCGCCCUUGCCGCAGCGUCGACCGCCACCACCCAGCACCGUGGCGCCCAUAUAUGAUGCAGUGCCGCCGCCGCUGCCCAUAAGCAAGCCGCCGCCACCACCAAUGCAAGCGGCACCACUGGCCCCUGCACCCCUGCCAGUCGCAGCACCUUUGACCCUCGGCACUCUGCCGCAGCGCAGCGCCUCCACGACGCGUCCAUCCAAGCCGCUGGUCAAGACCAGCUCCCUGCGUCUCACCUACAACGAGCAGAUGCAUCCAGCCGACGUAGGAAAGGUGAACAAGCUCAUCUCACGCUUUGGGGGCAGGCCGCGCCUAUGCGCCAGGCGAAUGCACAGCGAGGAGCUGACCACAUGCAGCGAUGCGGAUGACGAACCACAACCAGAAGCAGAGCCAGAGCCGCAGCUGAAAACGCAGCUGCAGCAGCCGAAGGCGGACAAGCAGCAGCAGCAGCAGCAGCAAACGCCAACAAAUGCCAAGCCAAGUGCUAUACCCAAUAUUGUGACAACUCAACCAAACAACAACAACAACAACAGCAACUCAGCUAAGACUGAGACAGAGCUGCAGCUCAGCCUAGAUCGGCAGAACUCGAAUUGCAGUCGCAGCGAGUAUGGUUCGCCCCUGGCCUAUCCAUUGAGCAACAGCCGGCGGCGCAGCUCCACGCCCACCGUGGCCCACACGCUGAACGCCAACAGCUCAGCUCUGGCGCUGGCGCCGCAGUCGCAGCGUGCGCAGGCGCAGGCACAGGCGCGCCGCAGCCGCCGCUCGAUGACACGCGACGACGACAACUUUUACAGCUUCGACAGCGACGAAGAGAACAGCUACUACUCGAUAAGUCCGUCUAGCAGCAGUCGCUAUGUGGUGGAAAUUUAAAUCCUGCGAAUCAUUUGCAAAUUCGCAAAGAAAAUACCAUAAAUAAGCUCAGUAAAAAUACCAAAGAAAUACCGAUAAAGCAAAUAAAUA